UUUUCCAAGAGACUGAAAGUGAAAAUGAUGAUGAUCAGAGUCGCUCUAAAAGUGUCUGAAAAUCGUUCUUGAGAGCGCCACUUCCGCGAAUCACGUGAUGAUCUCCGUUGAGCUUGAACGAUCACAAAAUCCACGACAAAAUCUCAGUUGCGAGAGGUCCAGUGGAACUCUUGGAUGGGCAAUCUUGGUGUGUUGAUCAUCUGGCAGUGAGUGUGAGAAGAGAGAUUCCCAAGAGUGUGUGUCAUCCCGUUUGCUGGCCCGUGGAAAUGUGUAAUGAGCAGAAGUUGCCACAAAAGAUCCCAGAAUUGGAAGUAGAAGAGCCCGUUCUCUUCUAUCAUUCCCAGAGUUUCUAUUCGCAAAAAGUGCUUCUCGUGCUGCAUGAGAAAAACAUCAAUUUCCUCCGGUAUGAGGUCAAUGUAGCCGCUGGAGAGCAGUAUUCAUCGUGGUUCUUGGACCUCAAUCCCAAAGGGGAAGUGCCUGUGCUCAAGAUUGGCUCCCUGGUGGUGCCAGAGUCAGCACAGAUUAUCAAUUAUGUCGAGAGGAAUUUCCAACAUGAGCCUCAUCGGCGUCUCUUGCCGCGGGAUUUACAAUCUGAGCAGGAAAAGAAGAUUCUUCGACUGAGCAAUUUGAUCAGCAAACUCCCAAUCGGGACUAUCAGCAUGGGGAGUUUUAUUCAUGUAGAAUUUUCGCCUAAUCCCAAGCCACCAUUCAUUGCGCCAGUCAGGAGGGCACUUGUCUCAUCUGAUCGGGUGAUGAGUGAGCAAUUGAAGCAACACGCCAAAGACAAUCCAAUCUACUCUGAGGUGCUGCUCCGCAAAUCUGACUUCUAUGCCAGGAAACGCGACAUAAUCUGCAAACGCGAAGACUACGUGAAACUUCUGGAACGCCUGGAAGAGAUUCUGGGAGAAGUAGAGUCAGAAUUGAAUUCCCAAGCAACUCAGAGUAACUCAGAUUGGUGGCUCUGUUCCCCCCAGUUCACCAUUGUCGACUGUUGCUUGGGAAUUCUCCUCUAUCGCCUCUAUUCUCUGGGCCUGGAAGAUCAUCUGUGGACAGGAGGCAAGAAACCCCAUAUAGAGAGGUAUUUUGCUCGCCUGUAUACCCGAGAUACCUUCCUUCGUGCCAUUCCCUCUCGAAUCUCAACGCUCAGAACAAUGUGGAACAAGACACCGGGCAACUACAAACUAGGAGUUGGACUCCUCAGUGCAUCCUCAGUCAUUGCCGCCUUCCUGGCCAUACGAAAGUGACAGAGAACUUUUCUUCCCAUCAGCCUCCAAUUUUAUUUCUUUCCUUUUACAUUUUACAUUACCUAAUUCUGUACAGAACAAUGAAACAGUAACAAAAAAAAACACAAAACAUUCCAAGCAAAUAAAGAAAAUAAAUAUGAAGAGAUGCAGCGAGA